GUCUGGGGGGCCAGCCAGGGCUCCCAGAGGCAAAACGGGUUUUGUUGUUGGUGUCAGAUUCAGUAUUCCGUUGCGUGUUUCGUUGUCUUCUGUUUCGACGGUUCUAAUGUGUUAUGUUGUUUUGGCUGCGCGGACGAGUCUCCGUCAUUACCUUCUCGUCCUGUGUUUCAGAUCUCGAUGGUGGCAGGAGUCCCUUUCUGAGCCGCGGCGCUCGCGCGGCCAUGACGAAGCUAAGCAUCGUCCUCAAGCAGGACGAAGUCCUCGCCCUGCUCAGCAGGCUCUCCCCGUCCCUGCUGGUGAAGGUGCGGAGGGCGUCGCGGCUCUUCGUGUGGCGCCUCGACGACGCCCGCAUGCAGCAAUUGCAGCAGCACCUGAUCGACGAGUUCCACCUGGUCUUCCAGGACGUGCACGAGCUGUGCGAGCGUGGAGAGGCGGAGUGCGUCUGGCUCCUUCUAUCGCAGGGCAUGAGCGUGAAGGCGCGCGACCACGAGAGCCACACUCUGCUGCAGAAGGCGACCCACAGCUACAGGACCCCUGUGAUCAAGCUGCUCGUGGAGAGGGGCGCGAACGUGAACGCGAAGGGCGCCUACGGCUACACGCCCCUGCACGAGGCGUGCUACAUCGGGAGCCUGGACGUGGUGAGCUGCCUCCUUGGCGCCAAGGCACUUAUGAGGUUCGUCAGGGAAGGAGACAGGAACGCCGAGCUGUUCUACCUCUUUUCCCAGGAGUUGCAGGACCAGGCUAGACGGGGUGAAGCGACGGAAGGUCAGCAGUCGCCGAUCGACCUCACUGCGGCCGCGAACAGUUGGCAGAGGCUCGCCCUCGGGACGGCGCAGGACACGAGCGAAGCGAGGCAGAUCGCGACAGACUUCCAGCCCGUUCCCCCCAGGUGCCAGCGGCGAAGGCGGCGCUCUCAAGCGCCGAGGCGCAUGGGGCAUCAGUCAGAACAAAAGGGAGAGGGCGCGAAUCGCCCCCCCCCCCGCGCCCGCCCAACCAUCGCGUUCCUGACGGCGCUGGCCAAGGCCGCGCAGGAGACCGCGGAGAGGGAAGGGCCCAAGCAGGGCAUGGGGUGGGCAACGAACUGCAUCUUGGAGUGGCUCAAGGCAGUCGUACAAGCAUUCGAUCAAGCAGCGCGCCUCGAGACAAUCGCGAUGUUCGAAGUCCUGGAAGCGCGCGCGCCGAAGAAGGGGGAGGGCCUGAUGGCGGGGGGGGAUCGAGGCGGGGCCAAGGCAAAAGCGACGUUCGUUAUCAACCAGCACCCCCAGUUCCGCGCGGCCCUGAGCAAGACGGAGGCGAGCGAGGAGACGCUCGCGGUGCACGACGGGUUCAGGCCGGAUCGCCUCAGGAUGGCGGCGCGCGAACUGUUGGCGCGCUUCGGGGGGGGGAAGGCGAAGUCCGCGGCCGGGGAGACGGAAUUGGAACGCGCGGUCGAGCGGCAGUUCCAGCAGUCCCAGAAGACGAGGACCAAUGCGACCACCACCGCCACCGCCAAGAUUUGCGGAGGCAGGAUCGCUCGCCAGAGCAGCAAGGUCAGCAUGAAGCGGCGCAGCACAGACGAGUCCAUUCGACUUCGGACUUUACAGGAUACGCCGAGGGGGCGCCUGCUAAUAGACGGGCCGCCGCCGCCGUUAAUCGCGGGAUUGGCCACCAACGCGGGCAUCGCGAUGGAUGCCAUGACGGGGCUCUCCAGGCUGCUGGCGCAAGUGGCGCAGAUGCAAAGGGAAAAGCUCUGGGGCGCGCUCGUGCUGAUGAAAACUCAGAGCUCGCCUUGCAGCGCGGGAGGCUACGCCGGCAACGACGACGGCCCGGCGCGCGCGAGCCCGCGGCGGGAGUCUUGCCAGGACGAGACGCGGACGGGCCGGUGCAACAGCGACAAGAUCGGAAAAGCCAAGUGCGUCCCAAGGAGCGCGGGGGCGAACGUCGAGAGGGCGAGCGCUGCGCCGGCUUCGACGGCGGUCGACAUUGACGCAGGCAUCGUCAAUUUGAUGGGAUACAGGCACAAGAUAAUGCUGAGCCUCAGCCGGUGCAGGGGGCUGCACGUCAAGAUGGAUCAGGAGAGGCUGGCGAAGGAGGAGGACCUGAUGUACCUCUCGGACCAGAUGGGCAGCCUGUCCUUGCGCAUCGUGUGCGAGCCGACGUCGCAUGAGCAGAGCGACGAGGGCAGCGAGAAGAGGACCGAGCGGCAGUUGCCCUGGCGGGGCCCAGAGGACGAAGAGACGCGGGCCCCAUGCGGCUGGAAAGUGAAGAGGCCCGAGCUCUGCACCGACUACGAGAAGAUCGCCAAUGGCAAGAGGAGGGGCGACAGCCAGGAACACGCGAAGACGACGCAUAUCACCGAGGGCGUCAAGGAGGCACCUGCGGAGGAGGAGGCCGAGAACACCAGCGCCGAGCUGCAGAAGAGGAUAGAGGAGCGCAAUAAGAAGGCCCAGAAGCCGGCGGCCUCCAGCGCGGAGGCGGGGGCGCAGGGCGCAGGCCCUCAGGCCGCCACCGGAGCGCCGUCGCUGCAGUGCGACCUGGACUUCGGGCGGCUUGCCGAGCUGGUCGCAGGCGGCGCCGGCGCGGGCGGCGUUGGCGCGGGGGGCGUGGCUCCGCCGCUGGGAGCGGUGCUCCGCGCUCUGCUGCAGAGGCUCGCCUCCGCCGAGUCGCGCGUCUCGCGGCGGCGAGGCUUCCUGGUGUCCCUGGCGUGCUUCGACGUCCUCGGCGUGCGCUCGCACCCCGAGGCGCGGCUGCGGCCCUCUCGUCGCCCCGCCGCCGUCGCGGAGCUGACCCUCGGGGUCUUGGCGGUGCUGGCGUGCGAGGCAGUCGGCCGGAGCUACAUCGUUGCGAACCUGGCCUGCGUGGAGAAGGUGGUCCAGCUGAUCAAGGCCGAGACGCUGGAGUCCUCGAUGCACAUCCAGGCGCUGGCCGCGCUCCAGAGGCUGUCCCUGCGGAGGGAGCCCCAGGACCUCAUGAUCAAGCUGGGCAUGAUGGAAUGGAUCGUGGGCGUGCUAGGCUGGCACGGCGACGCGAUCCAGGGCAUGCCCACGGAGUUCACGCUGGAGUUCGCCUCGGCCAUGCUGAUGAACCUCGCGGUGCGCAGCGCCGGCAAGCGGAAGUGCCUCGAGCUGGACACGCUCACGGUGGCGCUCAACCUGAUGGAGCACUGGAAUCCGCAGAUCCGCACCCACAUCAACGGCGUUCUCCGGCUCCCGGCUAUGCCAGCGACAUCGGCCCUGGACGCCAACGACGCCCUGCCCUUCUGCGGUGUUCAGGUGGUGCACACCUGCCCGCAGUCUCCCCCAGGUGGGCACUGGAACACCGCUGCCGCUCCCGAGUGGACGCUGGCGCGCGUGGCGACCAAGGGACCAGCAGGAGUGGGAGACGCCAGCUGCGCGGACUCCUCGCCUUCAGCAGUAAGGACCAUCCAACUCCCUGAGGCGGCGGCAAACCAGAGGUGCCUCGUGUGCAUGGACGCGGAUGUGCAAGCGAGGCAGCAGGCCGACGACGGUGACAAACCGGACGCGGGGCGGCGCUGCCUCUGCGGAGCGGGGGCCCGACACCACAGGGCCGCUGGGAACGACUCCGCCCCCGGGCUUCUCGAGGCGCCGGAGGCCCGGGUCGGUGGGGCGGCCGGCCUGCUGGCGUCGCCCGACCUCCCGGGGCGAUCUGCCAUGUCCCCGGCCUCGCUCCGCCGCGCGGCCCGCGGCGCCGCCCGCUCCGCAGGUGCCGGCCCGCCGCGCGGGAGCCCAGUGGCCUCGCGGCGGGCACUCGGGAUGCUGCCGCCGCGGCGGCCGGCGCAGCUCCUGUGCCACGGCGCCAGGCGCUGGUGUGCCCAGCAGGUUGCCGGCGAGGCUGCGUUCGAGCCAGGGCGGGUGCCAGUCAGGCUGCUGGCGCGUCACUUCAUGACGUGCGCGGUGCCCAUGGUCGGCUUCGGCUUCAUGGACAACACCAUCCUGAUCCGCACGGGCGAUGCCAUAGAGCGGUACUUCGGCGUCGCCUACAACCUCUCUGGCCUGUCGGCGGCGGCCGCGGGGCAGGUGUUCAGCGACUUCAGCGGCGUGCUGUUUGGUGGCGUGGUGGAGUCCGCGUCGAGGUGCUUCAUACUGCCGCCCGAGUUCUCCGCCGCGCAGGCCUCCCUGAGGCUCGUGCAGGUGGUCGGGACGGCCGGGGCUGCGUGCGGCGUGGUGGCCGGGUGUCUGCUGGGCAUGGCCAACCUGCUGACGAUGGACCUGGAGGAGGCCGAGCGGCUCAAGCGGAUGGCCGAGCUGGAGGAGAUCUUCACCGUGGUCAUGCAGUCUGCGAGGGACACGAUAGGGACCAACAUGGGCAGCAUCUUCCUGGUCGACGAGGACUCUGGGCAGCUGUGGACCCGCGUGCAGACGGGCACGGACGAGUCGAUCAAGAUCCCGAUCUCGGAACGGAGCAUCGCUGGGUGGGUCUGUUUGCACAACGAGCACCAGAUCAUCCCAAAUGCAUACGAAGACUCGCGGUUCAACCCGGAGGUUGACAAGAAGUUUGGCUGCAAAACUGAGAACAUGCUUGCCGUUCCGGUAAGGUCGAUGGCGGAUCCCGCAAAGGUUAUUGGAGUCAUACAGUUGAUCAAUAAAGAGGCUGGCCCUUUUGAUGACCAUGACGUGAAGGCAUGUAGGAUGCUUAGCAUUCACGUGUCAGUAUUCCUCUCCAAGUGCGAGUGA